AUGUCUGAGGAGUGGAAAGUGAAUCCCGACAACAGAAGACGGCUACUACAGCUGCAAAAAAAUGGUGGGAACAAGAAAUGUGUGGACUGUGGAGCGCCAAACCCUCAAUGGGCUUCCCCGAAAUUUGGAAUCUUCAUCUGCUUAGAGUGCGCUGGCAUUCAUAGAGGGCUCGGUGUACAUAUUUCGUUUGUGCGCUCGAUCACAAUGGACCAAUUUAAGCCUGAGGAACUGGAACGCAUGGAGAAAGGUGGCAAUGAGCCUUUCAAUACCUACUUGGAAGCACACGGGGUUAGCGCAACAUUGCCCCAAAAUGCUAAGUACAAUAACCCUUUUGCCGCAGAUUACAAGGACAAGUUGACGGCUGAGAUAGAUGGAACUGAAUGGAAGGAGCCUGAGCACCCUGACUUUGACCCAGACACCUUGAAAGGAUCAAGUGUCCCCGCAACCGUUUCCUCUCUUGAGCCCUCACCUAAGCCUCGCGGAAGUGGUGAAGCCAACAGCUUACAGUCGCAAGGGGGCCCUCUCCAAACCUCAGAUUUGCAACGCGAGAAAAACGAGGCUUAUUUCGCAGAACUGGGAAAGAAAAACUCUACUAAGUCGGAGACUCUGCCUCCAUCUCAAGGGGGGAAGUAUCAAGGAUUUGGUAGCACCCCUGUGAAUCAGCAAAACAAAGACCUUGAUGGGUCCAUGGCUACACUAUCGCUGAACAAUCUGCAACGGGAUCCUUUGGGAACCUUCACUAAGGGCUGGAAUAUAUUUUCCAGUGCUGUUUCCAAGCACGUCGAAGAUGUUAAUGAUACGAUGAUUAAACCUGGUGUGCAACAGAUGCAGGAGAGGGACCUCUCUGAGGAAGCUAGAAGGGCAGCGGCACAGUUCGGUCAAAAGUUUCACGAAACUUCCAACUACGGCUUUCAAGCAUUUUCAAAUUUCACCAAAAAUCUGCAGGGCCAAUAUCAGCAAAAUGGUCAACAGCAGCCUGCUGCAGAAAGCCAAUUCUCGAAACUUUUUGAUGGUAUUGGCCAAACGGAGGACGGCACUUUUGAAACCAAGUCAAAGAAAAAGGAUGACGACUGGGACGACUUUUAA